AUGGCACUGCAGCACAGGCGUUCUGAUUUAUCAACUAUUGGGGGUUCACCAGAACCUCCUAAAGUACCUGUGGACAUUCAAGAGGGAACGGAAGAGUACCAUCUAACCAGAGAGUUCCAAGGUGUUGAGAUCAUCAGAUCAGAUACUCCGGAGACUUUACUGCCAGAACUCCCAAUAACUCCAGAUAUUUCUAUUGUAUGUGAGAAAUGCAAGGAACACAUUGACCUGCCAUCUCUUAGGGAUCACAGAAUUUAUCAUGAAAACCUGUCAAUUCUUAAGUACAAUGGCAGUGCCAAACCACCCACUACAGAUGCCUUACUGCGUCGUAGAAAUGCAAUCUUAAGAAAACUGAAAUCGACAGCAACAGCUGAUAAACCACUGGAUCCGAAAUCUAUACAAAAAGUAAAUGAUGCUUAUGAAUAUCUAAAAUCAGAAAUUGACGGAAGUUUUGGAGAAUUUCGUCACAUUGAUGAAGAGGUGAGCACAGCAGUGAAAGGUGUUGCAUUAAACUGCAGUCCUGCUUGUGUGACAGCUGUUGGAAUCUGCUCCACAAGAAAUGAACGAUGGAAAAGCUACAUGGAAGAUGCUCACGUGUACCAAGACUUUUUUGGAGAGGAUCGUAACAAAUGCUACCUGGCAUUAUUUGAUGGCCACCAUGGACGCUUUGCUGCUGAAAUUGCAGCGGCAGAGUUGCAUCAUCUCCUUCUGUAUGAAAUGGCAAAGUUUGAUCCUCGAACAAAACCUCUGCCACACAAUAUCAGUGAUAACCAGGAUAUGUUUCAGUUUCAGUUUGAACGACCUGAAACAAAGGAGAGUGAGAGAGUCCUACUGCAUGAGGAAAGUGUCAAUAUCGUUCAACAAAUUAUUAAUUUAUGCGAGGACAAGUAUGAUGAAAUUGUCAAAGACUUGUCUUCGUCAUUAGAUCAAAAGGAAAAGGCCCACAGUGAGGAAACUCCAAAGUCAGAUGACGAUAAAAGCUCCAGCAAAGACCUUAUUGAAAAAACACCACGAAAGAAAAAGAAAGAAAAACCGGUAUUUACACUAAAGAUGGAGGAUGCCCUAAAGAAAACGUACUAUCUUAUAGAUAUCUUAUUGUCUUAUGGAAAAGAUGAAUGUUCUCGUGUUCGCUGGAGUGGAAGUUCUGCAGUGACUUUAGUCAUUCACAAUACUGACAAUUCCAGUGUCAUGGACCGAACAAUCUCACCUGUACCAGAGGAGGAGGAAGCAACAAGCGCAAAGAAUGGCGGUGAUGAGGAGAAAGAAGAUUCUAAAGAGGAGAGUGGAGGAUUAGACCCCCCAAGGGAGCUGGGAAUGAUCUACCUUGCUAAUGCAGGUAAUGUGCGAGCUGUGUUAGUGAGAGGAAACAAGCCCUACACCCUAACAAAGGACCACUCGCCAAACAACCCUAAGGAGAAGGAACGAAUCAUCAAAGCAGGGGGAGACAUAAGUGAGAGCACCAAAGAGAUGAGGGUCAAUGGAGUGCUUGGUGCAACCCGAGGUUUUGGUAACCAUGGUGACGUCAGACUGAAGCGCUGUGUUUUGGUGGAUCCCCAUACAAUUGCAGUGCCUGUGGAUCAGUAUGCUCAGUUCCUCAUUCUUGCUUCACAUGGUGUGUGGGAGGUGUUCACGGAACAAGAGGCUGCUUCUCUCCUCUUAAAGUUGCUGCCAUCCAACUUUAUCCCUGCUCCAAGCACAGUCAGCUCCACUAUUAAGCCUCUAUUAGAGCCCACCAAGUCUAAAACACAAGAUGGCACAGAUCCAAGCCAGAGAAGAGUCUCCUUCUCCCAAUCGAAGUCAAGGUUGAAGUUGAAGUUGAGGUCAAUAUCAGUCAAAUCUGAUAAAAAUGGCAAGAGUAAGCUUAUUUACUACGAAGACGACAUGUUGCCGGAGAUUGGAAGUCAUGUGAUGCAUUCUGAUGAUGAGGAUUCUGGAAACGAUGCAGACAUUGAAACAGUCACAGACAUUUUAUCUAUCCCAGCAUUUUCUAGAUUGUCAAGUUAUGGUAGAACCAUGAGCAGAGAACACAUCCAGAGAGAAUUUGCCAAAACAAUGGCAGAGCAUCUAAUACAGGCAGCUCUGCUUGCUGGGGCCAAGGAUAAUAUCACUGUUACAGUUGUACUGUUGGCAGGAUGUGGAUUGUAA